CGCAAUCGCAUUCGCCAUUGCAAUACCGCAAUCAUGGAGCAACAAGCGCAUAAACCUCAUCGUAAAUCGAAGGAGAAGAAGCAGCAAAGUGGCGAUCGGAAUCCCAAAGCCUUUGCCUUUUCAAGACCUGGCAAACUUCAACGUACUGCUGCUAGAUCGCAUGAUGUCAAAGAGAAGCGGUUGCACGUACCUCUUGUCGACAGAUUGCCCGAUGAACCUCCACCUAGACUCGUGACAAUUGUCGGACCGCCCGGUGUUGGAAAGACGACAUUGCUAAAGUCUCUCAUUCGAAGAUAUACUAAGGAGACAAUCACAGACCCUCAAGGACCAAUUACUAUAGUUACGUCCAAAAAGCAACGGCUUACCUUCGUCGAGUGUCCGAACAAACUAGAAGCGAUGGUUGAUCUAGCCAAGGUUGCCGAUAUCGUUUUACUUAUGAUUGAUGGGAACUAUGGGUUUGAGAUGGAGACAAUGGAAUUUUUAAAUAUCCUAGCCGCUACAGGUAUGCCCGGAAAUGUGUUCGGCAUCUUGUCACAUCUGGACCUUUUCCGAAAACCACAAACCCUCAAAGAUGCCAAAAAGAGAUUAAAACACCGAUUAUGGAGUGAGCUAUACCAAGGCGCACAUCUGUUUUACCUUUCUGGAGUUAUAAAUGGGAGGUAUCCGGACCGCGAAGUUCACAACCUGUCUCGUUUCCUUUCUGUUAUGAAGAAUCCUCGGCCAUUGAUUUGGAGGAACUCGCAUCCCUACACAAUCAUCGACAGUUUCCGGGAUGUUACGCAUCCCACACAGAUAGAAGAGGAUGAUAAAUGUGACCGGUCGAUCGCACUUUCAGGAUAUCUUCGAGGAACAAACUUCUCAGGCCAUAACCAGCGUAUCCAUAUUCCUGGCCUUGGAGAUUUCGCUGUGUCAAGUAUAGAAGCUCUUCCUGACCCAUGUCCGACGCCCGCUAUGGAGCAGGCUCUUGCCAAAGCAACUGGUAAAACGGGUAGAAGGAGAUUAGAUGAAAAGGAAAAGAAAGUCCAUGCUCCCAUGUCGGACCGAAGCGGUUUAAAGAUUGACGGAGACGCGAUUUGGAUCACAAGAGAGAAGGGUUUCAAUUUCGACAAGGAUGUCGACUAUGCAGAACGUGGUGAGGGUGAAGAACUUAUCAUCGGACUUCAAGGGGAACGACGACUACUAGGCCAAACAGAGGACGGUCUACAGCUCUUCCGUGGCGGCGAAAAGAUAAUCAAUAUCCCCGAGGAGGAAGAUACUGGAAGAAAAAAUCAACGUACCGUGAGAUUUGCUGAGAGAGAUGAAGACGAAGACGAGGUCCCCGAUGACGAAGGCUUCGUCAGCGCAGAAGAGGACUUCAAUUCCGACGAAGAAGCUGAGUUCAGUGAGAAAAAGCUGGGCAAGGUGUUUAAGGAAUCGGAGAAGGAUGGCGGCGACGAGGAUAUUGCAUUCGCUGACAGCGACUCAGAUCUGGGCUCCAUAUCAGGUGAUGAAAUCGACGACGAAGAUGGGUCUGAUGAUGAUGAGGACGAGGAUGAGUACGAUGAUGAAGAGGCAUCUGCCCUCCGAUGGAAAGAUGACUUAGCCGGAAGAGCACGGAUGCUUCAUGGUGGCCGGCCAUCUUACCGGACAGCAGAUCUCGCCCGUCUAAUGUAUGACGAAUCCUUGACUGCGGAUGAAGUGUUACGUAGAUGGAAAGGAGAAGUCGAUGCAGAUGAGGAAGAAGAGAAUAUCGAAGAUUCCGAGGACGAGGAUUUCUUCAAAAAGGCAAAGAACGAUGAGGAUGCGGCAUCGGAAGACCGCUUCAUACCUACUUACGAUUAUGAUGAUCUAGCAACAAAAUGGUCAUUGGAUGACAACAUCGAACAACUUCGCAAGCGCUUCACAGCAGCCACUCUAGGCGAGGGUGACGAAGAAGACGGGUUUGACGGAUUUGACGAGGAUGGGGACGAAGAUGAUGAGGGAGACGGAGAAUUUGAAGAUCUUGAAACAGGCGAGCAGCAUAAGGCUGAACCCGAGUCAGCAGAAAGUCUGGAAGCGGAACGAGAGAAAAAUGCUCGAAGAAAAGAGGAGUUAAAGCUCCGAUUUGAGGAGGAAGAUCGCGAGGGAUUUAAGAAUGAUAAAGCUAAUGCUAGGCGUGAAGGUGGCGAGGAUGAGGAGUUCGGUGAAGAUGACUGGUACGACGCGCAAAAAGCGCUCAUUCAAAAACAGCUUGACAUCAACAAUGCCGAAUUUGAAGCUUUGGACGAACGGCAAAGAGUCACGGUCGAAGGUUUCAAGGCCGGAAAAUACGCAAAAAUUGUAAUUGAGAAGGUUCCUGCCGAAUUUGUCACCAACUUCGAUGCCCGGAUGCCCCUUAUCGUUGGAGGCGUCCUUGCAACGGAGGAUAGGUUUGGUUAUGUCCAAGUCCGCAUCAAGAGGCAUCGCUGGCACAAGAAGAUCCUCAAAACAAACGACCCCCUGAUCUUCUCUCUUGGGUGGAGGAGGUUUCAGUCACUUCCGAUAUACAGCAUUUCGGAUUCACGCACGAGAAAUCGUAUGCUGAAGUAUACACCAGAACAUAUGCACUGUUUUGGUACAUUCCAUGGUCCUCUUAUCGCACCGAAUACUGGUUUCGUCUGUUUUCAAUCCUUCUCGUCGGCCAAUCCGGGCUUCCGAAUCGCUGCAACAGGAACUGUCCUUGCCGUCGACGAGUCUACAGAAAUUGUCAAGAAACUAAAACUUACAGGAGCGCCGUACAAGAUCUUCAAGAACACGGCUUUCAUCAAGGACAUGUUUAAUAGUUCGCUUGAAAUUGCUAAAUUUGAAGGUGCCGCGAUCAAGACGGUUUCCGGCAUCCGUGGUCAGAUCAAGCGCGCUUUGUCUAAACCUGACGGCCACUUCCGAGCCACAUUCGAAGACAAGAUUCUGAUCAGCGACCUGGUGUUCCUCCGCGCAUGGUACCCCAUCAAGCCGCGCCGCUUCUACAACCCGGUCACCAACCUUGUGGGCGACUGGCAGCCGAUGCGACUGACGGGCGAGGUCCGGCGCGACCAGGGGAUCGCGACGCCACAGGACCGCAACAGCAAGUACCGACAGAUCGAGCGGGCGACGCGACACUUCAACCCGCUGAAGGUGCCCCGCGCACUCGCGGCAGAGCUUCCGUUCAAAUCGCAGAUCGUGCAGACGAAGCCGCAGAAGAAGCAGACGUACAUGCAGAAGCGGGCAGUGGUGCUUGGAGGGGAGGAGAAAAAAGCACGUGACUUGUUGGUCAAGCUGACGACGAUCCGGAAGGACGCGGUGGCACGGCGCAGGGCGAAGAAAGAUGAGAAGCGCGCUGAGUUCAAGAAGAAGAUGGAGGAGAUGGGCGAGAAGAAGGAGGCCAGGGAGAAGAGGGAAAAACAGGAGUUCUGGCGUAAGGAGGGGAGGAAACGGAAGGGUGAUGCUGAGGGUGCUGGGGCGGGCGGUGGUAAGAGGCGCAGAUGAUGGAAAUUUGGAGUAUGUACGCAGCCCUUUUUGCUUUUGUACAUAGGUACAUAGGUAAUUUAUUAUGUACUAUGUACCUAGUAGUUGCUAGGCAGGAAUGGAGCCAGAAAAAGUGCCCCAUGUGCUAAUCCUACUGUAUUAGACUGUGGAAGGGAUAGUUUUGGUUACAGUGCCGAUAGUAAGAUUAGCACAUGGGGUCCUUUUUCCGACUUCAUUGUGCUAGGUACUCGAUAGAACGAGUACACCCAUAUGAGGAUUGCCACGAGUUCGCGAUCCCCACUAGAACUUUAAUUAAAUCC